UGUGGCCAGUAACAUGGCAAUAAAGUCCUGGCGCCAAGCACCCCAGUUGCUUAGUAACGACAUUAAACAAGGAACCUUGACUUUCCCUGUUUGGUGUAGGGAGGCUUGGGAAAUGCUGAUAUACACAAGCGGUGCAUUCCUGAUCUUUCCUCUGGAUUUGGCGCUAGGAUUACCAAGUAUUAUCAGAACAACUUGUACAUGCUGACUACAUCAGAAAUGUUUUAAAGAGUUUUUAUGCUUUGUUGCUGUGCUAUAACGUUAUGACUUCACCAAAGGAGAGUUUUUUGUUACAAGGGCAAGAGGCUUCGAGCUGAAUGGCUGGUUCACAGGAGCUAAAACUGUUGGUGUGUUUUUAAAACUGAAGACAAUCUCAUCAAUCAAUUAACAUCAACUCAGGAAAAAAGGAAAUAAAAAAUGUACCAUGCCCAAGGGGAAGGGAGCCAAAGGGACAAAGCUGACCCUCAAGAUUGCCAAAAAGGCAAUACGGAUGACCCCAGAUGGACGGCGCCGACUCACCCUUAGUAACAUGGGGAUAACCAUCUUCCCAAAGUGUCUCCUAAAACUGACCAAUGUGGACGAGCUGGAUCUUAGCCGCAACCUGAUACAGAAACUCCCAGAUAACAUCGGCAACUUUGCGUCACUCAGAUGGCUGGAUCUACACAGCAACAAGCUGGAGUCUCUGCCCGAAUCCAUUGGCAACCUGGUGGGACUGACCUACCUCAACCUCUCAAACAACAGGCUAAUCUCUGCAGGUUUGCCCUCCACACUGGGUCUUCUCACCAGCCUCAAGAGUCUCAAUCUGGGGAUGAACCAGCUGGACACCCUGCCCUCCACUAUGAUGGCUCUGGAUAGUCUCCAAGAGUUAGGUCUGUUUGAUAACCUCUUCAUCAGUCUACCAGAGUUCCUGAAAGUCCUGCGCAACCUCACCAAGCUGAACAUCACACGAAAUCCUCUAUCGUAUGUUCAGGGGGAUGUCGAGGGGAUGCAGCAGGGAAAAUCAAAAGCAGAGGAAGAUGGCUAUUUGGUCCAUGAAAGUAGCCUGUGUAGGACAUGCCUCAAGAGAUGUAAAGAGCAGAGGGAAAGGCCUACAAGAGGAGGAGGAGGAGGAGAGGGAGGUGGUGACAGAUUUGAGGAAAAAAGGAUAAGGACUUAUCAAGGCCUGAUGGCGCCAAACUCAGUGGCUAUAGUCAGUCAAGAUGUGUGGAGAGUAAGGAAGGUGGAACACAAGCUAAUCAAAUGACCAAACAAAGCCACAAAAGUCAUCUUAACUACAGAACAAAUAGAAUGAAUGCCACUUUUAGGCGGCUCUAAAACUUUAAUAAUAUCUGCAUAAUACAUUACUGUAUGUCCACGCAGCUAUUUCCUUGAUGUAUUUUGUCUCAGUUGGUGAAACAAAAAGAGUAAUUACUCAUAACUGUUGCUCUUGGAUGACUGUGCAUAAAAAGUGGCCCACAAUAAAAGAUUUUUCAAAUCCUGACUGAUGUUGAAAAUGUGAGACCCUUUACAUAACGACACAUAAUAAUAAAUUUACCCCUUUGUUCUUAUAGUGUGUGGACAGCUAUGAUUUGGCCAAAACAGCACACCACACACUGACAGAUUCCUUUCACCCACAGCCACAGUCCCUACUCUCAAAACGUGAAAUUUCGCAAAUCUCUCACAAUCAAACAUUAUUGCAAGAGAUUUGUUCUGGGUUGAAUCUCAUUUCAUAUUGUAUUAUAGCCGUCUGAGACCUAGGGCACCGAUAGUUCACUUGAUAGAGAGUGAGCCUUAGCAGGAGUCCUUUGCAGGAGUCUUUAGCAGCGGCCCAGCUCAGAGUCUGACCUGUGGCCCUUUGCUGUUAUGUUGUCCCCUCUCUAUCUCCCCCACUUAAUGUCUAUCUAUCAUAUCUAAUAAAGGCA